AUGGGAACAGAUAACCAGACUUGGGCGAGAGAAUUCAUUCUCCUAGGCCUGUCCAGUGACUGGGACACUCAGGUGGCUCUCUUCAUCCUGUUCUCGGUCACUUACCUGCUGACCCUGCUGGGGAACGUCCUCAUUGUCCUUCUGAUCAGACUGGACGGCCGACUCCACACUCCCAUGUAUUUCUUCCUCAGCAACCUCUCCCUCGUGGAUGUCUCCUACGCCACGAGCAUCGUUCCUCAGAUGCUGGCGCACUUCCUUGCGGAACAUAAAGGGAUCCCCUACGUGAGCUGUGCGGCUCAGUUAUUCUUCUCCCUGGGCUUGGGGGGGACUGAGUUUGUUCUCCUGGCCGUGAUGGCCUAUGACCGCUAUGUGGCUGUGUGCGACCCCCUGAGAUACCCGGUCAUCAUGCACGGAGGGCUCUGUGCUAGGCUGGCCAUCACAUCCUGGCUCAGUGGCUCUGUCAACUCUCUCAUCCAUACUGCCAUCACCUUUCAGUUGCCCAUGUGCACGAACAAGUAUAUUGAUCACAUAUCCUGUGAAAUCCUAGCUGUGGUCAGGCUGGCCUGUGUGGACAUCUCCUCCAAUGAGGUGGCCAUCAUGGUUUCUAGUGUUGUCUUGCUGAUGACACCUUUCUACCUGGUUCUCCUGUCCUACAUCAGGAUCAUCUCCACCAUCCUAAAGAUCCAGUCCACAGAGGGGAGAAAGAAAGCCUUCUACACCUGCACCUCUCACCUCACAGUGGUUGUCCUGUGCUAUGGCAUGACCAUUUUCACUUACAUCCAGCCCAGUUCCAGCCCUUCUGUGCUUCAGGAGAAGCUGAUCUCUGUCUUCUAUGCCAUUUUGAUGCCUGUACUGAACCCCAUGAUUUACAGUCUAAGGAAUAAGGAGGUGAAGGGGGCCUGGCAGAAGCUUCUAGGACAAUUAUCUGGAUUAACGUCAAAAGUGGCGACUUGA